UAUGUGGUCUGUUUUGAUCCCCUUGAUGGAUCUUCCAACAUUGAUUGCCUUGUGUCCAUUGGAACCAUUUUUGGCAUCUACAAAAAGAAGUCAACUGAUGAGCCUUCUGAGAAGGACGCUCUGCAGUCAGGCAGGAACCUGGUGGCGGCCGGCUAUGCCCUCUAUGGCAGUGCCACCAUGCUGGUGCUUGCCAUGGAGUGUGGGGUCAACUGCUUCAUGCUGGACCCGGCCAUCGGAGAGUUCAUUCUGGUGGACAAGGAUGUGAAGAUCAAAAAGAAGGGCAACAUCUACAGCCUUAACGAAGGCUACGCCAAGGACUUUGACCCCGCCAUCGCUGAGUACGUCCAGAGGAAGAAGUUCCCCCCGGACAGCUCAGCCCCCUAUGGCGCUCGGUACGUGGGCUCCAUGGUGGCUGAUGUGCACCGCACUCUGGUCUAUGGCGGGAUAUUUCUGUACCCCGCUAACAAGAAGAACCCCAAAGGAAAGGUAAGCACCUGCCCUGGGGGUGAGUGAGAAGCAGUAGAUUGCAUUUUCAGCGUGAGUGACUUGAUUUAGGAAGA